AUGUCCGACAAACCUACUGUGGUGCCCAAAGAUGCGCUGGAUCCGAGCAAACCUGAUCAUUGGACAGUUUCCAUGGGCGCUAGGCUCAAGACACUCAACGCGUUCAUCAACUCUGUCGCCGUGACGAGCCCUACAACCAGUCCCUUGCAAGUACUCGAAGUACUCGAUGUUGAGAUAUUCAACUUGAACAGCUUGGUUGCAGAUGCCUUGAAUCCCGAGGCUCCCGACUGUUGGGCUGAGAUCGCGCGCCCGAAAUUUUCAACCUUGGAUGCCAUCAUCAAUGAUCUACACAAUGGCAAUCGCCAGAAGGCACGACAGAUUGUGGAGGCUGAAUUACUGAACCUGUGCUGCGUUUUAUCAGCCUUUCGCAGCCACGAUUCGACGCAUUUCCCGGAGGACAGAGUCCGCUGCAUCAUCAAUAUAUCUUGUGUCUGCCAUCGCUGGCGCGAGGCUGCUUUGGAUUAUGCUUACCUCCGGGGAACAGUCACUAGCCCAGCCCCGGGAGAGGAACGGCCGGCCGAGAUGUUGAGGCGUGCAAAGGAAGCACCUCUGAUGGUCUCUUGCGGCUUUUUCGUCGAACCUGCCCCCAUUUUGGAAUCUCUCUCGCUCACAUUCAAACAGGCACUGAGGGUUCCUCAGAAUCUAUUUGCUUUACACGCGCCGAGCCUCCGCAUCCUCCAGUUCUCUGGACUCACCAUUUCUUGGGCCUCUCCAAUCUUGAUGAAUCUGACCAUGCUGGACCCGCGUCUACCACAAGAGCUUCGUGAGCAGCAAUUCAUACCCCUGACGCUGCGGGUUUUUGAUGGCUUGGAAAGAAUGCCUGGUCUCGAAGUUCUAUGCAUCCACGAUUGUUUUCUACAUUUUCCACGAAGAGGGUCUAUCGAUGAACAUACUAGGCCAAACCCUAUCGAGCUUCCUCACCUUUCGGAAAUUGAGUUGCAAGGGUCGUCGCAGGCUUGUGUCGUCAUUACCAGAAGCAUUCAAAUCCUACCGACGACUGUCCUCAAGCUUUCUCUUGACGCAAACGAGAAUACCGAUGGUUUCGCCGCUUUGUAUCCAGUCAUCGGGACUGUGAGCGGCAACUCUGACAACGAGAAACCUUGGCGUGGGCUCAGUGUGUCCGCUUGGCUCAGCCUCGACAUCAAGACUUGGAAAUCGUCUCGUUCUGCACAACAAGCGCAACACCCUGAAGGCGACGUUUACAUUCACAUAAACUAUAAAUUCCGCCAUACUCAAGACUUGGAUCCUUUGUGCACGAUCUAUAGAGCCCUCUGCCGAUCUGAUCUCUCGACGCUGUCUAUCAACUAUCCCUGUGAUGAUCUCCGCGGCUUUGCACUAGCCAGGUACUGGCUGCCACUUCAAUGUCAACAACUGCAGCAUAUCUUGCUCCAUGACGGCAUAUGGGCAUCGUGCUUGAUCGACGCGCUGCGUCCUAUCGAGACCUCCUCUGGCGACCACACACGCCGCACGACGGCUGUUCCGUUUCCUUGCCUUCGAUCUCUCGACCUGAUCUACUAUUAUAAGAAUGAUCUCUGA